UUGACAAACGUGAAUCACUAUUAUUCUCAGCCCUGUCAACAGAUUUUUUUGGUUUGUUUAUUACAGAAAAAUGGCACAAAGAAAUAAUUUGAAAUCAAACAUUUGGCAACAUUUUGAACGGCAGGAGAACAGUUAUGAAGCAAAAUGUCGUUAUUGCCACAAAUUAUUAACCUUCACUUCCGGAUCAUCAUCCAACUUGAAAAGGCAUCUAUCUCGAAAGCAUCCUACGGUACCUCUUACAACAAGGACAACUGAAAACUUACAGGAUAGUUCUACACCUGCUUCUUCUUCAAAUGUAACAUCCAAUACCCCAGGAACUUCAAGCGGCUCUUCUAUGACUUCUGUACCAAUUUCAUUACCAAAUACGAUGGAUAGAUAUAUAAAAAAACCUUUACCUGUAAAUACGAAACAAGAAAUAGAUAAAAAAUUAAUCGCAAUGAUCUUUUCUGGAUAUCAUCCCAUUUCAAUCGUUGAAGAGCCAGGUUUUCAGGAUUUUAUCAAAACGUUAAACACAAGCUACGAUUUGCCCGAUAGAAAAACAGUUUCUCAUGCUUUAAUUCCUAGCAUGUACUUAGAAACUUUAAGCAAAGUAAAAUCUAAAAUUUCUUCUGCAAAAUCAGUUUCUUUAACUAUGGACGGAUGGACAAAUAUCAACAACACUAGCUUCUAUGCUGUUACAUCACAUUUCAUCGAUGAUGAUGCACAUUUAUGUUCAUUUCUAUUAGAAUGCUCGGAAUUUUCGAUUAGCCACACAGGUCAAAAUAUUGCACAAUGGUUAAAAACCGUUCUGUCGAAUUUUGGGAUACAAGAUAAAAUUAUUGCAAUAGUAACAGACAAUGCAUCGAAUAUGAAAUCAACAGCCGAUUCUGCCAAAAUUAGUCAUGUUCCUUGUUUUGCACAUUGUCUCAAUCUUAUUGUGCAGGAAGGAAUCGAAAAGUCAAUAAAACCCACUGUUGAUGAAGUCAAGUCCAUUGUUAGACAUUUUAAAAAAGGUUCUAAGGCCACCAAAAAACUUGAGGAAAUGCAGAAAAAUCUCAAGUGUCAAGUUCUAAAACUAAAGCAAGAUGUUGCAACUCGGUGGAAUUCCACAAACGACAUGCUUGCUAGAUUUUUAAAAAAUAAAGAACCAUUACUUUCUUGUUUGGCAAUAUUAAAUAUUCAUAGCAAGUUGCAAGAAAAAGAUUGGGUUAUUAUGGAACAAGCAAUUUCGGUACUAGAGCUGUUUAAUUUGGCAACUACUGAAGUAUCUGCGGAGAAAACAGUUACUCUUUCAAAAAUGGGUGUAAUAUGUCGAAUUUUAAUUGCAGAGUUAAGGAAAACACAGAGCGACCCAAAUUUAAUUGAAGAAGUGCGAAUUUUGGUUCAAACGUUGUUAAAGAAAACCUUGGAGAGGCUAAGACAUGUAAAAGAUAAUGAUAUUGUGGUGGAAGCGAUAUUUUUGGAUCCUAGAUAUAAGCAGGAAGGAUUCAUGGAAGAUGCAGAAUUAUUUAAAAAAAAACGUACGAAAGAAGAAUACAAAUAAUCAUUGACGACCAAACCCAAAACCAACCCGUACAAAUUAGUUCUGCAAACUCUGCUGAACCUGAUCAA